UGCAGCAGCUGCGGCCGGGCGGAAGGGUUGCGGAUGUGACGUAGGGAAUUGGGAGCGAGCUCGGCCCUUUCUCACGCGCUGCGGACCAGGAGGGACCGGAGACAUGAAGCGCCCGAAGUUAAAAAAAGCUAGUAAGCGGAUGUCAUGUAGCAAACGGUUUAAAAUCCAGAAAAAGGUCAGAGAACACAAGCGGAAGGUCGCUAAGGAAGCAAAGAAAGCUGGUCAUAGGAAGCCAAAGAGGGAUAUCAGCAUCCCCAAUGAUGCCCCUUUCAAGGAAGAUAUUUUGCGAGAAGCGGAGCAGCGAAAGCAAAUGAGAGAAGAAUUAAAACGACAGCAGAAACUUGAAAGACAAAAAGAAGUUGCAAAGAAAAGAAAAUUAGAAGACAAAAAAGCAGAUAAACCUGAAAGGAAAAAGAAGGAAAUAAAGGAAAAGAAAGAACUUCCAAAACCAAAGCCCAAGAAGACUGUUGCUAGAAAUUCAACAAGAUUUCUCUGCAGUGAAGCAAACAAAGUGAUUGCUGCAUCUGAUGUUGUCCUGGAAGUGCUGGACGCCAGAGAUCCGCUGGGCAGCAGAUGUCUGCAAGCAGAGCAGGCUGUACUCCAAUCUCCUAACAAAAAACUCUUACUGGUGCUCAAUAAAGCUGAUCUAGUUCCCAAAGACAACGUUGAGAAGUGGCUUCGCGUGCUUAACAAUGAGCUUCCAACCAUCGCCUUCAAGUGUGCUACUCAAGUGCAAGAGAAGAGCCUGCCAGGUGGCGUUCAGAGGGUGAGACCCGGUUGUAUUGACAUAUCGAAAGGGACUGUGUGCUAUGGAAAGAAAUCUCUGCUACGGAUUCUACAUGAUCUCUGUCCAUCGGCAAACGAAGGAAUUAAAGUCGGCUUAAUAGGUUUUUCAAAUGUGGGAAAGAGCAGUAUAAUUAAUAGCUUGAAGGAAUUCCGUGUGUGCAAUGUGGGAGCAUUAAAAGGCACUACAAGAAUCCAGCAAGAUGUUAAUAUUGACCCUCAAAUCAAGAUGAUUGACAGUCCCAGUUUGGUUGUUUCUCCCGAUAACACACCUGUGACCAUUCUCAUGAGAAGUGUGUUUCCACGAGAGGAGGAUGAUGUGUUAAUUGCGGUCAAGAUUAUUUUAAAAAACUGCAAUAAACAGCAGAUCAUGUUGCAGUACAAUCUGCCAGACUUCCGCAAUUACCUGGAGUUUUUAGAUCUACUCGCUCGCAAACGCGGCCAUCUGAAGAAGGGUGGCGUGACGGAUGUACAUGGAGCGGCCUUCGUGUUUUUGAACGACUGGAUGGGAGCCAGACUUAGUUACCAUACUCCUCCACCUGCACAUCUCAAAUCUCAUAUCAGCAACUUGCAAACAGGUGCAAUGCAGAAAGGAAUUAACCGUAAACUCCUAGAGGAGGACAAUCAGAGCAUAGUGAAAGCCUUGAAAAGCCCAAGUCCUGCCAGCAGCAUUGUGUUCCACCUCUCUCAUCUGACCAAUGGUAUCAUUGAUGAGACUGAAAUAAUAGAGCAGGAACCCGAAGAUUCUGAGGAUGAGAAAGGAGGAGGAGGAGUAGAAGAGGAGGAGGACGACGACAAGGAUGAUGAUGGCAGUGAAGAGGAAAUGACUCUUCAGCUGCCCGAAGCUUUGGAGGAACAACCUGAUUUGACUAAGGAAAUUGCUAAAAAAUCAGUCACUUUUGACAAGCUGGGAGUGGAGACUGAUGAUGCUUAUGACUUUAAUACGGAUUUUAACUGAAAAAUCAAUUUGAUCUAGAUUACAUGAAACGCUUGUGCCCAGUUUGGAUGGCUGUACAGAGAUGGUGGCUUGUACCUGGAGUUUUUGAGGCUAUUGAUAGACUUGGAAAUGACAAUUGUCACUGUAUAUAGAGUGGUAUUGUAUAACAUGGAUUCUGUGAAUCUUAAAUUAUCCAUUAUGACUGAUGUAUGCAAAGUCUGGAGAGUAUAAUGCCUUAUAAUAAAUACAUUGUUCGGUCUUA